GUAUCCCAGGUGGUUAUAUGGGGGGAACUGGAGGAAGUGGAAACGUCUUUCCUUUUACCGAAAAGAGGAAAGAGUAGCUAAUCAAGGUCGCUGACCUUGAGAAUCUGAACUAGGACCUCUGAAUACAUUUGUAGGAUCGUUUUUGAAAAACACCUGGGUAUUCACAAUAAUUUACCUCUCUCUCAAAUUACCUAUUGAUAAAUCUCAUGCCUAGAGCACGCUCUCUUUAUGUCUUUUUAAAGUGCAGUAUUUGUUACCAUUCGAUGUAUUUCACAGGGCAUUUCGCUUGUUUGGUGAUUUUAUAUUUGAAACUUUUUUUUUUACGGUUGUAAAUAAAAGGUUUUAACCUAGUAUGCAACCAUUAGCAAUUCAGUAAAGUAUGCAAUAAAUAUUGAUGGUGCCUUUUUUCUUGUAAAAUGGAGAGAUAUUUGUCUAGGUGGAAUGUUGAACGAAAUUUUGUCUGCGCACAUUUAUGCAGCUUUUAUGUGCGUCGCCAGUGUUGCUUGCAGUGAACCUUAAUGGAUCGGAAAAAGUUGGUGUUGCUGAUUUUGAUUUUAUAAAGCUGUUAGGAACUGGUGCCUAUGGAAAAGUAUUUUUGGUUCGAAAGAAGAAGGGGCACGAUGCGGGUAAGCUGUAUGCUAUGAAAGUAUUGAAGAAAAUAAAUGCAGUACACAAGCCUAAGACGUUGGAGCAUGCAAAAACAGAACGUCAAGUCCUUGAAGCAAUUAGAGAAUCACCUUUUUUAGUCAAUCUUCAUUAUGCUUUUCAAACAGAUGCAAAAUUACAUUUGGUGUUGGAUUAUGUUAGCGGAGGGGAGCUAUUCACCCACUUGUUUCACCGUGAAAAAUUUACUGAAGAUCAAGCUAAGAUAUAUGUUGCUGAAGUGAUUCUUGCCUUAGAACAUUUACAUAAGCUUGGCAUUAUUUAUAGGGAUAUAAAACUUGAAAACAUUCUUCUGGAUUCUGAUGGGCAUGUUGUUGUUACUGACUUCGGUUUAAGUAAAGAUUUCCGCUCUCAUGAAGAGGAACAAAGGACUUUUUCCUUUUGUGGAACGAUAGAAUACAUGGCUCCUGAAAUUAUAAAAGGAGGAACAACCGGACAUGAUUAUGUUGCUGAUUUCUGGAGUGUUGGUGUUUUGUUAUUUGAAUUGUUGACUGGUGCCUCUCCUUUCACAGUAGAAGGUGAAAAGAACACUCAGGCUGAGAUAUCUAAGAGGAUAUUGAGGGGUGGUCCUCCUAUUCCAGACAAGCUUUCAGCUGAAGCUAAAGACUUCUUAAGGCGGGUCCUUGUGAAGGAUCCCAAGAAACGACUCGGUGGUGGUCCACAAGGGGUGGAUGAACUCAAACAGCAUAGGUUUUUUAAAUGUCUUGAUUGGGAUGAUUUAGUUCAGAAAAAAGUGAAAGCUCCUAUAGUUCCUAAAAUUUCAAAUCCUCUUGACACUAGAAAUUUCUCUGAGGAGUUCACUUCUGUUGAUGCUGUAUACUCGCCUGGCGGUGUUCCCCCUCCAAAUCACGACACUUUAUUUAAGGGUUAUUCCUAUGUUUCCCCUUCAGUCAUCUUUACUAGAAAUGCUAUUAGUGAUGAUAUUGUUGGAUCACCUGAUGAACCAGAUACAGCAAGACGGUUUUCUGAAAGAUUUCCGAACUCCCCUUUUCAUAAGAAGUAUGAAAUCCUCCUGGAAAGAAGUAUGCUCGGAGAUGGAAGUUUUUCCGUCUGCAGGGUGUGUAUUGAUAAGAAAACUAAGAUUGAAUAUGCUGUGAAAAUAAUCCAUUCGAGCAUUGAUUGUUCGAGAGAAAUACUUAAUCUGCAAACAUGUCAAGGCCAUCCUAAUAUUGUGAAAUUUCAUGAAGUCCUCUGUGAUGAGCAUUACACUUACAUUGUUUUGGAAUUGCUGAAAGGUGGAGAACUAUUGGAAAGGAUACGAAAGAAAACUAGAUUUACUGAGAAAGAGGCUUCUAGAAUAUUCCGUCAUCUUGUUUCUGCUGUGAAUUUUAUGCACAAAAGUAAAGUUGUUCAUCGUGAUCUGAAACCAGAGAAUCUUAUUUUUGUUGAUUCAUCUGAUAAUGCCGUCAUCAAAAUCGUAGAUUUUGGGUUUUCUCGCCAGAAGCUUGCUAACAAUGAACUUAUGGUUUCUCCUUGUUUCACUAUGCAAUAUGCUGCACCUGAAGUGUUAGAUGUUGCUCUUCCUGUUACUUCAAAUCUUCGAAUGUUUGGUCGUAAUGUCGGGUACAACGAAGCUUGUGAUUUGUGGAGCUUGGGUGUUAUAUUGUUUGCUAUGCUUUCUGGAAAAACUCCUUUCCAAACAUACAGCAGAGAAGUGAGUGCUUCUGCUAUUAUGCAACGAAUUCAGGAAGGGGAGUUCUCUUUUUCUGGUCCACAGUGGGACGUUGUUUCCAAAGAAGCUAAAGAAGUCAUCAAAGGUUUGUUGACGGUUGAUCCUCAACAGCGUUUAACUAUGCACCAACUUAGAGCCCAUCCUUGGGUUAGCAACCGAGAUCUCUACUCAAAUAAUUGCCUUUGGACCCCAAAUGUCCUCAGCUCAACCUCUCCAAGGGCAGCUGAAAAUGCUCUCAACUUUCAAAUGAACGUCUUUCACAAAGCAACUGAACGAGGCUUUUGCUUGCAGGAUGUAUCUGCUGCACCGCUGGCUCAGCGUCGUAAGCAGAAGAAAAGUUCCACCGACGUUGGAAGUACUUCUUCUCUAAGUAGUGACAUUUCAUCCAGCAGGACUUCCAACUCUUGUUACUCUUCUGGUGAGAAGGAAUUCUCACGAAAGGCUGUUGACUCUGAACAUUCCGUAUUCGAUUAUUCCAAGGAAAGAAUCCACGAUUAUUUAUCCACCCUUCCAGAUCUGGCUAAAACGGAGCCACUCCGAGGCACCGUUACAUGGUCCGCUAGAAAGGCCCCUGAACAUCAUAUAGAUGUUUGCAGACCUACCACUAGAUCUACCAAGCGCAAGCUUGAUGCGAAUCCUCCUACAGUUUUACCUGUUGAGGAUGAAGAAGAUGACUGUAUCGUUGUUGCCGAAAUACCAGCUAAUAGGUACACUAAAAAACCUAAAAAAUCUAAAGUGGCUCCUGUCUGCUGACAGUAACUAAUUUGUAUCUAUAAAUUUCAGCAUGCCUUUAUCAUACUUCAUCUGUAAUUGAGAGCUUUUUUUUAUAUCUUCUCUGGUCUCUCGGAUUGAAUUUCACAUUUCAUUAAUUUAUUACUAUUUUCUUAUAUGAAGCCAAUGAAUUGAAUCCGGCAUUUUUUCUUUUCUUUUUCUCCUAAAGAUUUUUAAAAACCCUUUUGUAAAUUUUACAAAUUGAAGCAGACUUACCAAGUUCGUGCUUGCCUUAAAUCAUAGGGAUAUGUAGAUUUUUGUAAAUAAAAGUAAACAGAGAUGAAGUAUAUUGUGUAAAACGUUUUGCAAGUAGAUUUUUUAUAAAAAGAAAAUGUAAAUAUGCUGCAAUAGGGGCCAGUUAGACUGUUCAGAUUUGGUUAUGUAAAGCAUGAAGUCUUUCAAAAAAAUGCUAAAUUACAUUUAACUAUAUAAUAUAUUAACUAUUUAUUAAAUACUCUUUCCUCCAUUGAAGUGCCUCGAGUUAACUUUGCAUUGUGUAGUGAUAAGAUACGAUUGAGCUUGGAAAAUAGUUGUUUUUCCUAUGGUGAAUACUUUGUUAAUGCAUUAAUCUAUCUAAAUCAAUUCUACAGAAUGCAUUAUUUAUGCAUAAUGUAUAAAGUUAUAUUAAUAUGUCAUGAAUAAGUUCAUAAACAUAUUAAUGUUUAACAUUAUAUAGGCUAAAAAUAAAGUUAGCUUUUAAUGCUAUUAAUGAGAGAAGUAUUAAAAAUUACUGAAAUUUAUAUAAUGUUCAACAAAACAUUUAAGGAAAUUGCUAUUUUGAUAAUUCAAAAUUAUAAUUCAAUGAGUAAGUAUAUUCAAUUUAAGGCACUUUCCUGAAACUUGUCAAGCUUUUUGACAAAUUUCUUGUAUGUAAAUAGUUUGAUUUAAAUUAUAUUUAAUAAUUUAUUGAAAAAGACGGCUGUGAUAGAAAGUUUCUUUUGUGAAAGCAAUAGAAAGUAACUGUGUUCUAAAGAAUGUGCCUUGAAGCUAAGGUAAAUGCUUAGUUUGUUAUGCGUUUCGUGGAAAAACGUGAUUUGAAUUAGGUAUUAAAAUAAUUAAGAUUGCGAAUAUACAAUUGAAUCUGGUGUUAAAAUUUAGAUUGUGAAUUUAUUGCUUUGUAAACACACAUAAAAAGCCUUCAAUUAUUAGUUGUUUUGUUUUUUUGCAAUGUUUUGCUGCAUGGAUCGAGGUUUAUAACUUAAUAUUUUUUUAAGGUAUGUAAGCUGUGUUAAUAUGCAUGUAAUUAUAUGGAAUUUAUAAGCUCAUUAGCUAGUCUUUAAAGUAUGUUUAUUAUGCUUAUUAAAUACUCAUAAUUUAAUGAAAACACAUUUAUAAGGAAUCUAAUUUGUUUAGAAUGAUUUAAUUAUUGAAUUCAGUAUGCAUUGAUUUAAAAAUUUAAUGUAUAAAUUAUCAAAAUCUGCUGUGCUUAAUUUAAUAUCUCUAUGGGAUUUAUGGUGUCUAAAGUCAAUCUGAUGUUUCCUUAAUCGAAUUUUUAAAUGAUCACUAAAAAUUUUGGAAUUAGUGUCUUAGUGUUUACAAGUAUAAUAUUGCUGUUACAAAAGACAAGUAGAAAAUUAUAAGUACUUAAUAACAUUAUUUCCAACAUGAAUUUUAUAUUCUAACUCUGGAUUUAAAGCAGCUUCUGUAGUGAACUGUGAAUCCCAUAGAGUAAGAAUCAUAAUGAAAGAACAUAUUUAAAGCAUAGUGAAAGUUCCGUAAAUCAAUGUCACUGUGAUAAAGCACUGUGCAACAAUCGCUUUUGUAUUUUGCAUCAAAUUAAAUGAAAGAAAUUUCUCGCUGGCUAGUCACAGAUUCUUAUUUCAGUGUUGAUAUAUUCAUUGGUUUAGGUAAAAUGUAUAAGGUAAUUAAUUUUCAUGCAUAAGCAGGAUUACUAAGUACCUGAUAUCAAGAUUUGUUAAAAUGGUCUAAGCUAUGAAUGUGAGAGAUAUAUCCUGUACAUCCCAGAUAAAAUAUUUUAAAAGUUCUUUUUGCUUAUAUCAAUUAUGAUAUUAUUUAUUGCCCGUUUUAUCAAACUUGGGUUAAAUUCCUUGAACUGCUUAAAUUCCAUCAGUGAUUGUUAAUAUUGAUUACAAAAUGAAAUGUAUUAAUUUGAGCUACUCAAAUAUGGAAUUGAGCCUGUUAAAAUUUGAACUCAAAUGUAACAUUCUUUGUGCAACUAGUGUAGUGCCACAUAUUGAAAUAUUAAGAGAUUACUUACCUAAAUUGGAAGAAAUUUUGAUAAAAAAAUUUGAAUACCUUUGUUUAAUAGUUGCUUUUAAGAAAAUGAAUUUUGAAUAAAAAUUACUCUUCAAGUAAUAUAUACCAUUGAUGUACAAAAAUUUUUUCAAAAAGUUCUCUUUUUUGCUUUAAUUUUUUUUCUCCAGCUUUAUAAAAUUAGCUUCCAAUUAAAAUUGUUGUUUUGGACAGUAGAGCGUCAAACAAAAGAAUCUCAGUUAUGUUCAGUUAGCAUUCUUAUAUGUGUAGAAACAACUUGAAUAUUUUCAAGACAAAUAUAAUUAGGGAAUAUAAUAUUAUAAAAUAGUUUUAAUGAAUACAUAUCCUUUAAAGUCCAAUUAAAGAUAAAUGCCUUAUAAUUAGAAUAAAUUUGGUGCCUCUGUAUUUCUUUCAGAUUUGAUAUAUUAAAAAUAAUGUAUGUAUGAGAUAAUAUAUAUAAUAUUUUAGAUUUCGAGAAAGUAUUUUUCAAAUCCGAGGAUAUUUUUUAAAAAUAAAACCUAGUAAUUAGAACUGUCUUUCUAGAAAAUGAACACAUUAAAUUCUAGUUAGUUUUAACAAUUAUUUGUUAAAUUUUGAUCUAAUGAAAUCCUGAUCUAUCAGAUUCUUCUGAUUGGAUACAAAAAUUGUUAAAUAUUUAACAAUUCAGCAAUUAAUUAGUAUAUUAGAUUGAGAUUUAACUUAUAAUUGUUCUGUUAAAGAAAGAAAACGCUAAUAAGUAAUUUUCCAAUAGUUCUAAUUAUAAUUUUUUAUUUGCAAUUUAUUUAUCUACACGAAUAUUAAAUCAUAUUAAAUUGCUUCAAAUUAUAGUAAUCUUUAAACAUUUUAGUUUAGUUGCUUUAAAUGCUUAAUAAUUGUGCAAGGGGUAUAAAUUUAUUUGAAUAUUUUUGUAUUUUAAUUUAAAAAACAGCAUAAUAAACUAUAUCAACAUUAAAUCCUCGACGACCGAGUGUUCAAAUGCUCAUUUCCUUUAGAUUUAUUUUCAAAAGCGCAUAAUUUCAUUACAGUAUAAAAUUAAACUCUUGAUAAAAAAAAUUUUAAUCACAAAUUUUGCUUAAAUUAAAUAAUCAAGCAAUAAUUAAAUAAGCAAUACAAAUUUGUAUUGCUUGUAUAAUUAUAUAUUUAAAAACCCUAAGAAUCGCAUUUAUCUUUGAAAGUAUAAAAUAUUUAGUUACAAUUUAUUCUAAAUUUUGCAUGCUUCUUGCAAAAAAGUAUCGCUUACCUUUAAUUGAAAAAAGGGUGAGGAGUUUAAAAAACCAGUGACAAAUUAUUCUUUUAUUCAUCAAUGUUAACAAAAUGAUAUUUCUUUUCAUCAUAUCUUAAUUUUAAAAUUAUUUUUUAUCCCAACUUAAUUGUUUGUUGUUAAGUUGUUUGUUAUUUCUAAUAGAAUUAAAUUAUUUUUAAAAUCAGUUUUAAAAUCUUAGGUCUGUCUUCCAGUUUAAAAUGUCAAACGUUUUGUUUGAAAAUUGUGAAUAAAAAUUUCGAAAUAGUUUUCAAAUCAGUUAAAUACCAAAAUUUUAGGCAGAUUAGUUUAUUACUUUGCUUGUAAAAUUUUCAUGAUUAUUUAAUUUUUGAAUGAUUGUCUUUCAAUGAAGUCCUUUCAUAAUUUAAUAUUCCAAAUUACGCAUUCAGCAAUUCUGUUCUUUCAAAGCAAUAUGUGAUAAAAUACCAUAAUAUGCAACUUUGUUGAAAAUAUAAAACUUAUACAAGAUUGACAUGUGUUUAAAUUGUAUUUGUGUAUUAGCUGAAAUAUCUGUAAAAUUGUUUUUAUUUUAGUGAAAACCCAUUUAGUCCGAAUUUUCUUACAGUAUUUAAAGUUGACCUAAUUUCAUAUUGCUGUAUAUUUUCCAUAUUAGUUUUGCUUUUACAAUACUAUGGCAAUAAAUUCUUCUUACAAUUUAAAUUUAAUUCAAUGUUAUAUUUAAGAAAUAUGUUUUAUUUUUUAAAUGUUUGUGUUUGUUAUUAGCCAGGUAAACAUUAUUUUUUUCAAUCUUCUGGCAAUUUUUUCAAUCUUCUUCAGACAGUAUUCCAAAAAUGCUUCCAUAUCAUUGAGAGAAACAAGUAAAGUGAUAUUCAAGGCUGUAUUUACUAUGUUUUUAAUUAUUUAGAGUUGUUUUACCAUUAAAAAAAAUGUUACUUAACUUAAAAAAAAGAAAAAAUUCUCACUCUAGUGUUUGUUUAACAUGUUAUCCACAAUACAUUGACAUAAUUUGUAAUGUGUUUUUCAGUCAUGUAGAAUAAGAUAUUUAAAUAAUAUAUAUAUAUUUAUAAGUCAUUCCAUAAUACAGGAAUAAAGAGUUUUCUAUAAUUGAGUAUAAAUAUCUAUAUAUGUUUGCAUGUGUAUAUAUUAUAUAUAUUCAGGCAAUAAUACGUUACACGCACUUUGAUUGAAUUACUUUAAUUUUUAGUCAUGUUUUUUCAUUCAGGUGUUGUGUCAUCACUUGCCUUGUUGAGGACAAAAAAAAAUUAUGUGACAUUGAUAUAGAGAGUGAAUAUGCUUUUUCACUGAAGAUAUGUGAAAAUAAAUAUUUGAUUUUGUUA